CAGCCCCUCGUGUGGCUAGAUCUGGAAAUGACAGGGCUUGAUUUGGAGAAUGACACAAUCAUAGAGGCUGCCUGCCUGAUGAGCGACGGCAAUCUGGAGACCACUAUCGAGGGACCUGAGAUAGCGAUCCAGCAGAGCGAGGCGGUGCUGGCCAGCAUGAACCCCUGGUGCAUUGACCACCACGGCGCCAGCGGACUCACACAGCGCUGCAGGGAGUCCACUGUCUCCAUCGAGCAGGCUGAGGAGCAGCUGCUGGAGUUUGUGGGGCGGCACACGGAGCCCGGCGAGGCGCGGCUGGCCGGCAACUCGGUGCACGUGGACAUGCAGUUCCUGCGGCGGCGCAUGCCACGGCUGUUCGCGCAUUUCCACCACCGCAUCAUUGACGUUUCCACCGUCGCCGAGCUGGCCGCGCGCUGGUUCCCCGCCGACUACCGAAGCGCCCCCCGUAAAAAGCAGGGAUCGCACACGGCGCUGGCAGAUGUGAGGGAGAGUUUGGAAGAGCUGCGCUUCUACAGGAAGACCAUCUUCAAACAGCCACCCUCGCAGAACCGGCGACGGAGGUAG